AUGAUUGUGUCUGGCGAUAAACCUGAGGGACAAAAUCAAAGACCUGAAAGUCAACGUCGUCCAGCUGCCGAAGGACCCGAAAAACCAGAAGGUCCACCUCCAACUGGCAACGUACCUGGAAGACCGCGUCCAACGGGAGAAAGUGCCAAAAGACCACAUCCAAUUGGUGGAAGUCCCCGUCCAACUGUCGAAGGUACCGAAAGACAAAAACGCAAUGAUAAAAAUAGACCAGAAGGACCACACCCAGCUGACGAUAAACCUGAGGGACAAAAGCCAAUUGGCCAAAGACCUGAAAGUCAACGUCCAGCUGGCGAAGGACCAGAAGGACCACCUCCAACUGGCAACGAACCUGGAAGACCGCGUCCAACGAGAGAAAGUGCCAAAAGACCACAUCCAAUUGGUGGAAGUCCCCGUCCAACUGUCGAAGGUACCCAAAGACGAAAACGCAAUGAUGAAAAUAGACCAGAAGGACCACACCCAGCUGGCGAUAAACCCGAGGGACAAAAUCCAAUUGGCCAAAGACCUGAAAGUCAACGUCGUCCAGCUGCCGAAGGACCCGAAAAACCAGAAGGUCCACCUCCAACUGGCAACGUACCUGGAAGACCGCGUCCAACGGGAGAAAGUGCCAAAAGACCACAUCCAAUUGGUGGAAGUCCCCGUCCAACUGUCGAAGGUACCGAAAUACGAAAACGCAAUGAUGAAAAUAGACCAGAAGGACCACACCCAGCUGGCGAUAAACCUGAGGGACAAAAUCAAAGACCUGAAAGUCAACGUCGUCCAGCUGGCGAAGGACCUGAAAGACCAGGUGAAAAUGUCUAAAGACGCGAAAAACAGGAAUAGUUUAAGCAACGUUUAAUUGUUCAAUUUCUUUGUUUUGAGAUCAUUUAAGAUGUUUUUCGCAAAAUAAAUUCAUGAAUUGAAAA